CUGCCAYCAGCCAKACGUUCCUCUCUGCUCCAMCUCCUCAAGACAACCAUGGAGGACAGAGAGGCAGUCAGUGUGCUGGAGAAUGUGCUGGAUCAGAUGUUGGUUGGUGAGACACCGGACAUGGAUGAUCUUAUGGAGGAGACUGAGAAGCAGAUAGUCCAGGCCAUACUGGAACUUUUACACAAGUCUGAUGGAACAAAUGAGAGACAGACAGACGACGAGUCACCCUCACUGCUCUGUUCCACCACCAUCGAGAGACAGAUAGACGACAAGUCACGCUCACUGCUCUGUUCCACCAACCUCAUUGAGGGCCAGACGGACGACGAGUCACCCUCACUGCUCUAUUCCAUCACCAUCGAGAGACAGAUAGACGACGAGUCACCCUCACUGCUCUGUUCCACCACCAUCGAGAGACAGAUAGACGACAAGUCACGCUCACUGCUCUGUUCCAUCAACCUCAUUGUCAGUGCCAUGAAUGAAAUGACAGAUGAGGGUCUSUCUGUGUUGGGAUCCUGUUGCAGUCCUCCAGUCUUAKAGGCCCUGCAGAUCCUGGUGAGUUCACACUUCCCCUUUUGCUACACUGGUAAACAAGUCUGUAUACAUCUUAAAAAAUACUUUACUGUAUGUCCCAAUCCCAAUCGUCCCAAUCAUCAAWUUURUUCUMACCAAUCAUAUCAGAUCUUUUUCAGAGCUGAUCUGAUUGUCUAAACGCAGCCAUACAG